GAUGGCACAGAUACACAGUACAGUCAAACAACUUAUCGACGAUAAUGGAAAAGAAGAGUUUCUCACGGCAUCAGAGAUCCUCCUUAAGUUCGCCGAUAAUAUCAUCAACCAUCCAAAUGAUUCCAAAUAUAGAAAAAUAAGACUUUCGAAUCCUACGGUAGAAAACAAAUUAUUGCCAGUGUCUGGGGCACUGGAGUGUUUGUUCGAGAUGGGAUUUAUUGAGGAUGGUGAAUUUUUGACAUUUCCUACCAACAUUCCCCCAACUCUCACUCUGAUACAAGUAAGGAAUGAGCUCUACACUGCCAUAAAGCUUGUCAGGUCUUCUACUGGUGGGCCAUCAGCAGGACAGUCCACACCUCAGCAGCCUACAGUUACACCUAGUUCAGUCAGACAAGUCGCCCAAAGGUCACGUCAGGCUAUGCAGCAAGCAGAAAGGCAAUUUUUCAUGAAGAUUGAUUCAAAUCUGGUUCAUGUGCUAAGCUAUGAAAGGAGAGACUUUCAGAUGAAAGCAAGGUCCAUUAUUCCAAUGGAAGAAUUGAACAAGGAGGCAAAACAAAAAUUCAGUGCUUUGCAGGCAGCUGAUAAGGAAGCCUCUGGAGUGGGCCUUCAGGACUGUUUUCUUUUAUCUCUCCUUUCCUGGUUUAAAAGUUCAUUCUUCAAGUGGGUGGAUGCUCCAGACUGUGACAAUUGCCAGGGAAAGACACGGAGUGUAGGCAUGGCAGAACCAAGUCAGGAGGACUUGGGCUGGGGAGCUUCACGUGUAGAAAACUACAGAUGUGACAGAUGUAAUAGAUUUGUGCGUUUUCCCCGCUACAACGACCCAGGUAGACUUUUGGACACAAAGAGGGGCCGAUGUGGGGAGUGGGCUAACUGUUUUACACUGUGUUGUAGGGCAGCGGGUUUCGAGGCCAGAUAUGUCCUGGACUGGACUGACCAUGUAUGGACAGAAGUGUACUCAACUAGUCAGAAACGAUGGCUUCACUGUGACCCUUGUGAGAAUGUUUGUGAUAAACCUCUACUGUAUGAAGUUGGAUGGGGAAAGAAACUGACCUAUGUUUUAGCAUUCUCCAAGGAUGAAGUGCAAGAUGUUAGCUGGAGGUACAGUUCUAAUUUCAAAGAAAUGAUGGAUCGAAGACGGGAAGUCCGAGAAAACUGGUUGGGACAGGUUUGUUUCCGGUUAUGGAAUGAAAAAAACAAAGUGGUUUCAGAAGCGAGACGUAAGGAAAUGGAGCUAAGGUAUGUAGCAGAGGUGGUUGAAUUUAUCACACAGAAGAAAAAUGACAAGAAUAACCUGUCAGGACGGACCACAGGGUCACUAGCAUGGAGACAAGCUCGUGGCGAAACUGGAAGCUCAUCUCAGGCUGUCACUGGUCCAUUUGUCUUUACCCUUACAGACAAUGAAAAACAGAAGAAGUUAUUACAUGUAAGGUAUAACUGUGCCAAAGAUGAGUAUACUAGAGUCACUGACGGAAAUAAGAAAACAUCUGGGUUUGUCUCCUGUUUGUCCAAAUGUUCGAACAUUUUCCGAAAGGAAGAACAUGACUGGAAAAUGGUGUACUUAGCACGAACAGAGGAAUCACCUGUAGCCGCCCUGUCUUGGAAGUUUGAUUUCAAAGAAACAGGGUUAAAGAUCAGCAAUGUUGAAGUAUGUGUCAAGAGUGCAACUUAUGAGAAUGGUGUUGUGUCUUGGAGACUCUGUAGUGACAAUCAGUGUGCAAUACUGAAAGGUACAGACAAUCUGAAAUUAGUGAGUGAUCUCAAUGGUGUGGACAACAUGACCUUGACAGCAAACCUCAGUGGUGGGAAGGGCGACGUUGCCUGGCAACAUACCCAGCUGUUCCGACAGACAAACAGCGACUUUGAUACAUUUCCCUUUGAAGUGAAGAUAUACCUGGAGUAGCAAGAUAGAAAGUAAAAGGAUGCAUGGAGUGUACAUAUUUUUGUGAUCAAUUUAGAUUUUAAUACCGGUAUUGUCUUUAAUAGGUUAUUGAUACAAAUCUAAACUGAAAACUGUCAAAAUAUACAUCUGUUAUGGGACUGUUCAUUUUGUUAUUCAUUGUAACCUUUUUUGUUAUCAGUCUUUGCCAGUUUACAGAUAGGCUUUAUACCCUUGAUGUUGUCUCAAAGCAGAAUUUUCGUUCACUGAUUUUUUAAAAAAUAUGCUGUCGGAAUUUUUUUUGUGGGUGUCCAGCAUUUGCCUGUGCAAAAGAUUGUAACAAGGGAGACUACUGGCAUUUGUCCAUUGAUUUACAGUUGACAAUGACACAUAUAAAAAUGUAACAAUCCCUUUAUCAGCAUGUGAUCAGUCAGUUAGGUAUUUAACUUAAGCCAGUAUGGUAUAUUACUGUAAAAACAAUAUAUCAAUUUAUUGUAUGCGUACCAUUUGUGGAUCUAAAAUCUGCGAAACAGAUAAAGACUUUCCUUUAUUCUGGUUACGUGUUCAAGGAAUGUAAGAAAUAUUUGAUAUGUUCACUUAAACUUAUGUUUGCUUUAAGGUACAAGAACUGAUUUUUUUUUAUUUGUAGUUUUUUUUUAAAACAUAAUUUUAUUCUUGUUCUGCCUUGUGUUGACUUACCAGGUAUACAUGUUUAUGAAGGAGGGCUGCAAUAUGUUAGUAAAUGUGGUAUGGACAAGACAUUUAUUUAUGGUAGCAUUCAGUAUCAGCUGAUUUACUCCAACAACUACUGAUAACUAAAAUGCAGAAAGUAUAUUUUAAUGUCAUGUAUAUGUAUAAUGUAGUUACAUUUUCUACUUUGAAAAAAAUGAAACCCUAGCAUCUGAUGAUCCAUAUAUUUUUCAAACAGGAACCAUGAUGAAAGCCUCAUACAGGAAGGCAGUAAAAAGUACUCAUGCUUAAAUGAUUCCUGUUUGGCAUUCUAGGAAUCUUUCCCCUCAGGGUGAGAUUGCCAGAUCUUAUUUCCAAGUGGUGAAAGGUUCGGUUAGUCACUAAUCAAUCUUGUCUGUAUUAGUAUAAUGUAUAUUUGUGACAAUAUAAUGUGGUUUUUAUUCAUUUGUAUGUAGUAAACAAUGUGCAUUGAUAUGUGUUUCACUUGCUGUAAAAUCUAUGCAUCUCAUUGGAUAGUUGACACCUAGUGGUUGUAUGCACUUUCGUGCACAGCAGUAUGAAAUUGACGGCAGUAUGAGUGUCCUUGUCAUCAUGAUGUGGAUUAUCUUGUGAUAUAAAUAGCAGAGAAAUAUAUUCUUGCAUUAAUAUCAGAAGUGUUGUUUAUCAUAGUUACUAGGUUGAGUUUUUUAAUGUAGUAAAGCAGCUAUUUUCUAUGCUUAAGAAAAAUAAAAGAGGUAGUUCUAUUUUCUGCUGGUAAUGGCACCACCAUGGUGUAAUCUAGGUAAUGUUUAUAUAGGAUUUGUCUAAUAUCAGUUGUGUUCUGUGAUAAAAUGAUUAUCCCCCACUUUCAACAAAACGGGGGAUAUAAAUUUGGGUUUGUUUGAAACUUGGUCAGCAGAUGGAUCUUGGGGUCAUUAAGACUGAGUUUGACUAUCAGUGUCAUCUGUUAAUAAUUAUGCAUACUAAUGUGGUAUCUUUUGAUUUCAUUUGUCAAUAUGGUUGGAAAGUGUGGGAUGUAAAUUCCAUGAAUUUGCUUGUUAUUUAGUUUAGUCAUUGCCAGUCCAAAAAUAUAUUAACCCUUGAUUAAUUAUACAUAUAAAUGAUAAUAGGAUCAAUCAAUGCUGUGUGAUUCAUUUCAAAUUUGACUGUCAAAUAUUGUACAAAAGACACACAUAGCACCUUUUAAUAUCAGUUGAGAAUUAGAUACAGUUGAGUCAAAUAAUGAAUUAAACUGCAUCACACAGCUGUUGUUAAACUCCUUGAUUUUGAAACCUGGAAAGUGACUGAAGAAAAUCAAAGGUGACUCAAAAAAAUAUCAAAAUCUAGACCGGGAGGUGCACAAGUUCAUAAUUUGUAUAUAUACUGGUACCCGAUAAUUUCCAAAGGUCACAUACGUUUGUAUGUAUUUUGAACCAUGUCACAAUUCAAAUGAACAAAACAUGGCAUGAAGAUUAUGCCCAACUUCAGGGACUAAAAGUCCAGUAGUGUCUACUACCAAUAAUCUUAAAGACCAAAAAGACCGAUAGAAUUCAUUAGUUGGUUCUUGUACAAGUUUCAAAUUUUAAAGCUUUGAUACAUUUAAUAGUCUUUUGUGAAGGAUUGAUAAUUUUCAUGCAAAAAUAAGGGGGAAAUAAUGAGGAGGAAGAGGUGGGGGUAAACAUAGAAUCAUAAUAUACAAAAAGAGGACAUUAGUCAAGGGAUUUCACUGGUACAUAAAUUCCACAAGCAAAUUUGUUUCAGUUGAUAGAUACAUCAGCUGUAACUGGCAAGAAGACCUUUUGUCUGACUGUUGUGGUUUAAAUGUAUAUUCACAAUGUAAAGGUUGUUUUCAAACCUAAUUAGAAGUCCCUUGUAAGGUUGGAGAAGAAGAGAGCAAUAGAUGUUAUAGUAUAAGGAAGUAAACUGCUUAGAAUUUGAAUGUAGAACAUCCCUCAGCAGAUAUCUGUUCCGACAUUCUCUACUCUACCUGCAUAAUUAUCGUGGACACUUUCAACCUUUAAAGCGAUAUGCAUGAAUAUGACUUGUUCAGUUACAAGACUUGGAUACUUGUAAGUUAGAAUUGUAAUAGAAUAAAGGAAAAUACCAAUUAGUUCUCCCAUGGCAAUGAUCAUAUUCAGGAGGAUAUAAUUUCUUAUAUUUUGAAAAAGUAGUAUGUAUAUAUAGUAAUAUUUUAUUUAUUGAUUUUAAAUCAUCUGUUGGAUAUAUUUUGUAAAUUUUGAGUGAUAUAUUUCAAUAAUCUUUUUGAAUUCCUUCUGUCAUGCAUUAAAGUCUGUUUUUGUA